UCGUGCCAGAUCCGAGCAGUCGUAGUUUUGUACUUAGCUCGUUAGCUUCAUCUUUUUCCUCUUUCCUCGGAAGACGGAGCCUGUGGAGGAACAUAUCUGUAAGCCACACUUUUUCUCCCUUUUCCCUUUUCCUAGUUUUUUUUUCCUUUCCCUUUUUUUUAACCGUGUGUGGAGAGAACAACUUAACCAACCGGGACCUGGAAACACUCRUUUUGAUGUUUUGGAGCCAGUCUGUACCCACUGACGGACACGAGAUUUGUGGGUCAGAUCACUGCAGGAAAUAUGAGCUCAGCCAAAUCAACUGGGAUCAAAGUCCCAAGCAAAAUAGCUAGACCACCUGGACCUGGAGCCCCUAAAACAAACCCAGUUACAGCUAAAGCUACUGGGGUUGACAAAUCAGCUGCCAGUACCAGUGGAGGAGAUGACAAGAAUGCUGAGGAAAACUUCCAGAUCGGGGAGCGAGUUUGGGUGAAUGGAAACAAGCCUGGCUACGUACAGUUUUUAGGAGAGACACAGUUUGCUCCAGGGCAGUGGGCGGGAAUUGUCCUGGAUGAGGCGAUUGGGAAGAACGAUGGCUCAGUGGCAGGUGUGCGCUACUUCCAGUGUGAAGCCCUCCGAGGGAUAUUUACCCGCCCUUCCAAGUUGUCCCGCACAGAAGACGAGGCCAAUGGAACUCAGACCGCACCACAGUCUCGUGCUGCCUCACCCACACCUUCAGUUGGAAGUGUUGCCUCACAAACACCGGCCUCGAAGUCAGCAUUGCCCACAAGUACUACAACAGCCAAGAAGGCCUCUUCCACUCCAGCAGCCACUCCAGCACCUGCACCAUCUACAAACCUGGCUCACACCAACAGCGAAUCUGUCUCUAACCUCUCUGAGAGUGGCUCAGUCAAGAAGGGGGAAAGGGAGCUGAAGAUUGGCGACCGUGUGUUGGUUGGUGGUACAAAAGCAGGAGUGGUACGGUUCCUUGGAGAAACUGAUUUUGCUAAAGGCGAGUGGUGUGGUGUGGAACUGGAUGAACCACUUGGAAAGAAUGAUGGCGCAGUGGCUGGCACCAGAUAUUUUCAGUGCCAACCCAAGUAUGGCUUAUUUGCUCCCGUUCACAAAGUCACACGUAUUGGCUUCCCUUCCACAACGCCAGCCAAAGCAAAAACAACAGCUCGAAAAGUAGUGGCCACACCAUCGGGGCUGAAGAGAAGCCCGAGUGCCUCAUCUAUCAGCACCAUGAGCUCGGUGACAUCAUCUGUUAGCACCAAGCCGAGCCGAACCGGCCUGUUAACAGAGACGUCAUCAAGAUAUAAUCGAAAGAUUUCCGGCACCACAGCCCUGCAAGAGGCGCUGAAGGAGAAGCAACAGCAUAUCGAGCAGCUGAUGGCMGAGAGGGACAUGGAACGAGCUGAGGUUGCUAAGGCCACCAGCCAUGCUGGAGAGAUGGAGCAAGAAAUUAGCGUCCUCAGGGAUGAUCAAGAGCAGAUGGAGGCAAAAAUGGAUCAGCUGCGGGCCUUAGUAGAAGCUGCAGACAAAGAGAAAGUGGAGCUGCUGAAUCAACUGGAGGAGGAGCGCAGGAAAGUGGAGGACCUUCAGUUUCGUGUUGAGGAAGCUUGCAUUACCAAAGGAGACCUGGAGACGCAGACCAGGCUGGAGCAUGUCCACAUUAAGGAGCUUGAACAGAGCCUGCUCUUUGAAAAGACCAAAGCUGAGAAACUCCAAAGAGAGUUAGAAGACACUAGGGUUGCUACUGUGUCAGAAAGGUCUCGCAUUAUGGAACUCGAGAGAGACCUUUCACUGAAGACGAGAGAAGUAGCUGACAUGCAGCUGCGUCUCGGGGUCCAACAGAGCUCUGACGACUCUGCUCUCACCCCUCUGCUGGAAGAGAUAAACUCCCUCAAAGAUCAGCUGGCAUCUCAAGAGGCUAAAUGGCAAGAAGAGGUGGGGGAGUACAAAGAAAAGCUUGAAGCUGAAGAACAAACCCACAGUGAAGCAGUUGCACAGAUUCAGGCUUCAUCUCUAAAGCUUUCUAGUGAAAAAGAACAGCUACAGAUACAGUUGAGCCAAGCUGAGAAGGAGAAUGCUGACACUGUAGAACUGUGGCGGUCCAAGCUGGAGUCCGCCUUUACCUCUCACCAACAAGCCAUCGAAGAGCUGAAAGCUUCCUUCAGUAAAGGUGCAGGGGCUCAAGCAGAGGAGCUCGUAGAGGUCAAAAGUGCUCUAGAAAAGCUCAAGUUGGAGCACAAGUUAGCUUUAGACGAGGCUGCAGCCAAACACGACGCUGGUGUCUCUGCUUGGACUCUGGAGACGCAAGCGCUGAAGGCACAGCUGCUGUCUUUGACUGAGGACAAGGAGCGACUGGAAGAGUCGCUGCGGUCCGGCGUUGAAAAAGCAGAAGAGCAGCACCUUGUAGAGAUGGAGGAUGUUCUUGGAAAGCUUCAUGCAGCUGAAAUUAGGGUGAAGGAGCUCAAGGAGAAAGAAGCUGUGAUGACACAACAGGUUCAAGACAGAGAGAGAGAAACCAAAGAGCAGAAGGCAGAAGUGGAGGCUCUCAGCAGUCAAUUAGCACAACAAAGCCAAGAGUGUGUAGCUCUAAAGAGUCAACUAGAAAACGUACAAACUCAAGGAAACAGCCAUUGUGAAAAGGUUGGUGAACUGAGCUCUCAGUUGGAAAGUAAAACGCAACAAGUUGUUUCUUUGCAGCAGAGUCUAACUACUGUAAAGCAGCAGAAUGACAAUCUGGUAGAAGAAGUUGAAAAACUGAAAAAGAAAUUAAAUGAAAGCACAGAGAAGCUGACAGAAUCGGCUAAAACUAUGCAAGAAACUCUUGAGAGUCUCGGUAAGAAAGAUGAGCAGUGUACAUCUUUAUCCACAGAAUCUGAGUCUCUGAGGAAUCAGCUUGCUGGAAUGGAAAGGAAACUGAAGGCUGCAGAUGAAAGACUUGAACAGUUUUCAAAAGAUAAAAGCAAGCUGGAAAAGGAUAUUUCUGAGAUGAUGAAGACMUCUGGUGAUAGUUCAGUUCAACUGACUAAAAUGAAUGAAGACCUCACACAGAAGGAAAGGAGGCUGGAGUAUUUGCAGAAUCAACUAGWCGAAGAGAAGGAGAAGGUGGCACAUUUGAAUGAACAACUUCAGCAGGAGCAGUCAAAGAAWGAGCAGGAGCUGAAAGAAAUUAGAGAUGCACAUCAGACUCAAAUAAGUAGUCUUCAGGAGAAAAUUACUAACAUGGAGACCACACUUCAACAGAACGAGACCCUCGUUGAGGAUCUGAAGGCAUCCAAUAAGAAAUCUCUCUCUGAGGCUUCAGAGCUCCAUGCGAAGGAGCUUGAAAUGCUGCAAACACAGAUMGACAGGUUCAAGGUGGAGCUCUCGUCCUCCCGAGAAAAAACUCAAGAGUUGGAAAAGAUGGUGUCGGAGCUGCAGCCGUACAAACAACAGGCUCAGCUCCUUUCUGCUGAGCUUGACUCCUACAAACAGGAUGUCGAGCACAUGUCAAAAAAACUGGAAAAGCAGAAUCUAGAUCUGGAAAACCUGAGUAAAGGAAGUGAGGAUGUUAAAGCUGAGAGAGAUAAAUUAGAGCAACAGAUUUCUGCCCUUCAGAUUAGUUGCAAGGAGCUCUCAGCACAGAAYGAAGAGCUGCUAAUAGCUAAAGAAAAACUUGUGAAACAUCAAGAGGAACUACUCGCUAGUAACAAACAUUCAGGUGAAGAGAGAAUUUCCCUGAAUAAGGAAAUAGAAACUCUCAAACAGCUCCUUCAGGAAGCUCAGACUGAAAACAAAGAUUUGCUGCAGAGUAAAAGUGAAUAUCUGGCCCAAAUUGACCAGCUUCAAAUACAAAAUUCAGAGAAGAACGACAGCGUCCUGAAGCAUCAAAUGGACAUCCAGCAAAUCGAGUCUAAAAAGAAGCAGCUGCUUGAGGAUUAUGAAAACAUCUGCAAAGAGAGGAACCGUCUCGAAGAGGACCUCCGUGAAACCAAAUCUAAACUCACAUGCGAAAGGGACAACCUCAUUUUAGAGCGGGAUGCAGCUAGAAAUGCCAGAAACUCUCUUGAUGCGAAGAGUGCUGAGCUUCAGGGGAAACUCAAGUCAUUGAAUUUAGAAAAAGAGGAUCUUACAAUGAAGAACACUCAGCUUCAGGCCCUGACAGAAAGCCUGACCAAAGAGAAGAUGGAGAUGUCCUCUGAAAUCAAUGCUGCUGCCUUGGACAAAAAAAGCCUCGAGACGGAGAAAGAGGAGCUCCAAAGUAAGCUCAGUCUUACUAAGAAAGAGUUGGAGAGUUUUGUCCGUGAAUGUGAAGAGCUUAAAGCCUCUAAAACGAGUUUGGCUCAGAUGCUGGAAGAAUUCAAGACAAGCAGUCAAGUGACUGAUUCUGAGAGGCUUCACCUUCUCCAAGAGAAGGAGGACCUGCUUUCUAACCAAAGAAAACUCUCCAAUGAGAAAGAGGAGCUCCUCAGACAGGUAGAAGAAAUGGAAAAGAAGCUGCACGUCUCAACAGAGCAACUGUCUCUUUCUAAUGAGAAACUCAAAGAAACAUCAGCGUCCUUCGAGCAGGAGAAGCAAACGUUGCGUCUUCAGAUCUCUGACACUGAGAUGGCUCUGCAUGAUCUGCGAAAAGAAAACAUGAGCUUGGAUUCAACAGUAGAGCAGCAGAAAAUGGAUUAUGAGCGUUUAGCUGUGGAGAAGGGGGAGUUAGAAGAAAAGCACACAAAGUCCCUAUCUGAGAAACACACUCUUUCUCUAGAGCGUGAUAAGCUGGCAAGUGAUAUCCGAACAACUAGGGACCACUUAGACAAGCUCACCAGAGUUAACGCUGAUCUUCUCCAAGACAAGAAUCAUUUAACGACAACGUUUGAGGAAGCCAAAACUCAGAAAAAUGAGCUGGAAGUAGAGGUGGCCACCUUAAAACGAGAGAAGACCGACCUACAAAACGAACUGCAGAAACUUCACUCUGAUACGGAAGUUCUUGAAAAGGCCAAAACUGAACUUGUUGUUGAGCGUGAGAAAAUAAAAACGCAAGUUGAGAAAUCAAACCUAGAGCUCGUUCAGCAGGUGGACGACCUUAGAAAAGACACUCAUCGUAUUCAGUCGUUGCAGACCGAGGCUGAAAACAAAGCGCAGUCUUUAGAGAGAGAGAAGCAGGCUCUGCUUCAGGAGAUGCAGAAGUUUAAAAGUCAAAUUGAGUCUGUUUCAGAAGCCAACAACCUUCUUGAGACAAAGCUACAAGCUGAAUACAGCGAGCGAAGCAAAGCCAUGUCUGACCGAGACGAUCUGUCCAAACAACUCGAGGAUCUUCAGAAAACUUUGUCUAUGGUUACACAUGAAAAAGAAGAGAUUUCCUCCAGCCUUAAAAGUGUUGAAGACCAAAAGAGGUCUUACGUGGAGGAAGUGGAGGCUUUGAAAGCAAAACUAACGCAGAAAAAGCAAGAAAACUGUGAUCUUUCAGAACAAAAGGAACAACUGUCAUCUAAGCUUGAAGAGAUGGACAAACUGAUAACUUUAAUGACCACAGAAAAAGAAGAGCUGUCAGACAGGCAGUCUCAGUUAAAGGCAGAAAUAUCCUCUCUUUGCUCAAACAAGGACAGUUGGCAAAUUGAACGCCGCUCUCUUCUCGAAGAGGUGGAGUGUUUGCAGGCUAGCAAGAAGCAGCUCGAGGUUAAAGCCGAGGCUCAGGAAACGGACAGGGCGAGGUUGGAAAAACAGUACGAGGAGGCUCUCGCAGCUCUUUCAGCCUCUACGGUUGUAAAAGAAGAAAUUUCCUCCAGCGUCUCGGAUCUCACAGCUCAGAAGGAAGCCGUGCAGGUGGAGAGGGAUGAAGCCGCCCAGCGAGUCAGGGAGCUCGAGUCGCAGCUAAAAAAUGCCCUUUCUAAGCAGCUUGAGGUACAAGACGACCACUCAAAAAUCAAAAGGGAGCUGGAAGAGUUGAAACAAAGCUUGCCUAAUAAUGCUUUCAGUGAAAGCACUUGGAAAGAGCAGUCGAACAAGGAGAAGGCCGCUCUCCAACAGUCCAUCCAUGAAAUCAGUGCCUUAAUCUCAGAAAAGGACCAGCAGGUGGAAAACAUGAAGAGUGAGUUGGCUACAAUGCGUGAAGAAAGUGCCUCAGUUAAGAAGCUACAGAGUACAGUUCAGGCCUUGGAGCAGGACAAUGGUUUUCUACAGGAGCGUGUUCAGAGACUAGAGAAAGACCUCGCUGCUGGACCUGACCUCAGCAAGCUCUCAGGUGAUGCAGUUUUGGACCAGUUGAGAGAAGAUAAAGAAACUGCAGAAAGUCAGGCAGCGAUUGAGUUCCUGAAUUCAGUCAUUGUUGACCUUCAGAGGAAAAAUGAGGAACUCAAAGACAAAUUGGAGAAAAUGGCAGCUGCUGCUCUCAAUGGGAAUAAUCCAAAUGAACUGGAUAACAGUGACGACUUUGACAAGCAGCCCGUUAAGAAGAAGCCUCCACCAAGACUGUUCUGCGACAUCUGCGACUGCUUCGACCUCCACGACACCGAGGACUGUCCCACACAGAUGCAGAUGCCAGACUCUCCUCCACACACUACCUACCACGGCAACAAGGGCGAGGAGCGGCCCUACUGCGACAUCUGCGAGGUCUUUGGCCACUGGACCGAUUCCUGUACGGACGACCAGACCUUUUAAAAGCCUUUUGCUUUUUAAAAAAAACUCGUUCGCACAAUCAGUAUAUUUGCACAUCAUUUUUUGCUUUUCCGCUCCUAGAUUUUAACCGUCUUCUGUGUGCUUGUUUCUGCCAAGCGCCUUCGUGGUCCACGCCAGCCUGUGAGCUCUCCUCUCUGAAAGCGAUGCUUUCUGAACACCUGACACAUCCAGAAUUAUGUUUCAUAAAAGUUUUUGUUUGUAACUCUAAACGACUGUGGAGGGAAAAUUUUGGGUAUUCUGGUUUUGUGCGAGUGGGAGAGCUCUGAGUGGACGCACCGAUCUGGGAGUGCCUCAGAUCAGAUAAUUUAUCAAAAUCCUUACAAUAUUUGCACAGAUUAUCUGGGGCUACAAGAACAAUAUGAUAUCAUAAAAAGUGUUUAUUUGAAGCUGUAAAAUAUUUGAUUGAUAAAACAGUUUGUGCAAAAAAGAAAAUGCUGAGCUAUAGUUUAUUUUUCUAUGUGUGGAGAUGGUAUGUACUCUAAAAUGGUUUGAUAUUGUGUGUAAUUUUAUGAUGGAAGAUCAGUUGUUCACUGUCAUUUGAAGUGAAACAGAAAAAAACUACUUUUUUGGCUUUAAUGGGAAUUUUUUAUGGUCUCCUUUAAACAGAGUGGAUGAUGGGUAAGAAAUUUCACUUACUGUAAAACCUCAGUUGACAUGACCUUUUUCAUAAAGUUUCUUAUUGAUUUCAGAAGGAUUUGCAUUGGUAAAAUAUUUCUGGCAUUUACGUAUGUUUUAAAGAUCUGCAUAAAAAUAAAGUUUAUGGAUGAAUUAAAAA